GUCAAAACCUUAAAAACAUUUUUUUGUUCUGUUGAAUAAAAGUUAACAGCUGUGUUUUUCCUAUUUUAAUAACAAUAAAAUCAAAAUAUAUUAUUGAAAGUACAAGUAUACUGUUAAUUUACAUUGGGUCAUGCUAGAAUCAAAAAGAUUGAGCGUUGUUUUGGACAAUGAAACAAAGGACACGAAUAAUGCACGGUGGAGAUGAUGUUCUGGCAUAUAAUACAGGUUCUAGUCAUAAUGCUGAUUUAGAUAACCAGAACCAAAUACAACUACACAAAAUGAAACAACCAGAACAUUAUAUUGAAGCGCAAGUACUCGAAGGUGAUACUUUGCAAGCCAUCGCGCUACGAUUUCAUUCUUCCAUUUCAGAAUUGAAAAGGGUAAAUCAUAUUCAUAAGGAUAAUGAAAUAUUUGCCAGACGAACAAUCAAGGUACCAGUUACACCAUACUCUAUUUUAACUGAAACAUUGCCAAUGACUAUUGUUAAUCCUGUGCCUUCCACUUCUAAGGAGACUCCAAAGAAUUCGCUUUUCCAAGAUUUAAAUACCAAUUUACACAAUAGAGGGAACCAUAGUAACAUACUAUUGAAUGAUAGUUUGACUAAAGGAAAUAAUGAUUGUGAGAUUGAUUACAACAAAAUUGUUUUAAAUAGUAAGCUGGCGCCAUCAUUGAUUCCAUACACUGAUACUGAACUGCUGGAGCCUGUGUCUGAGGAUACCCAACUGUUGCCGAGUAAUAAAAACAAAGAAAGUGUAGAAACUGUUGUGGUGAAGCAGCUGACGUCACAAGGUGCUGAUUUUGGACUGAAGUGGUACCAUUUACUGAGCUGUGUCCUGGUUUUAGGUGUUCUGAUACCUAUUGUUUAUGUUUUGUUCUUUUUAGAAAAGCCACAUGAGUUGAUGCAAUUUCAUGGCUCUAACAAUACAAAUAAUAUUCUAAAGAAUAUGACAUAACUUUCUAAGAAUGAAGCUUUAAAUGUUUAAUAUAAAUAUAUGUAUAUCUACUUUUAAUAUAGGUUUCGUCAUAUUUGUA